AUCUGGGCAUGUUCUAUUGUAUAUCUUAUGUAUCUGUUAAACAAUGUUGUGGAAGGUUCAUAAAAUGAGAGAGUACAUCAUACUAGCCAUUGUUUUCCUACAGAUAGAAGAAGGGAUGUCGUUGAUGUGCCUGCAGUGUAAUGACGCCAUUCAACCACGUCACUGCCACACAAUCACGUACUGUGCGGAAGAUGAGGUAUGCUUUGUCGAGAAAGUGGAAUCUAUAUACGGUGUUCGCUACAACGUGGGAUGCCUUCAAGAAAAAGUUUGUCGAGAACAAAAUGAGUCCAAUCCUAUUAAUUACAAUGGUGACGGCAACCAUCGUCCGUACACGUGCACUGAAUGCUGCCAGUCGGAUCUGUGUAACGCGGAGGGAUGCGGUCAAAAAGGAUAUCCCGUGGCCAGAGGUCCCAUUUGUUUUGCCUGUUACCAACACGACAACGCCAGAGAGUGCCGCCAGAUAGCUCACUGCAGGGACUCAGAGCUCUGCUACAUUAAAGAGGAAGAGGAGUUUGGUGACCAAAUAUACUCGACAGGUUGUUUGCCUUUUCAGCAAUGUUUGAGUAUCGUUUCAAAUACCAAUGCGAUUGGAGAUUUGUCUAAUUCACAUCACUUCACAAGGUCAACAGAACUCCAACAGGACACAACCACACAGAUCAAAGUACAAACAGCAUCUACCCCUCGCAUGUCAUCUAUACAGCCGACACUCCAAUCAAGUACAACUACCGAAUUACCAGAAACCUCACUGUUCGUAACUGCCUAUCCACCAACCACUUCUGAUGGCGGACCCACAACUGACUCAUCUUCAACUACAAACCACGUCCCAACUAGAACAACGCAUCAACAUGUGCAUACGGUUGGCAAAACUUCAAAACCUGUACCUACGCCAACAACGCAAACCACCGCUGUACCAACGGGGAUCACCGAAAGCUUCAUUCACUUCAUCGACGAGACUAUACCUCCAGUCCUUAGAUUAGGCAGAGCGGAUUUCUCUCAAUUUGCUUUGCCGCCCGUACCAAAGAGCAGACGUCCCAAGAGGUUCACUUCCUGUCAUCAGUGCUGCACUGGAGAUCUUUGCAAUGACGUUUGCGGGCAAAACAGUCCUUUGACACACACUCCCAACUACUACACAAUCACACCCCCGACAACAUCAAAGAUGCCAACAACAACGGAACUAAUAUCCUUAUCACCGCCAACAACACCAAUGGCCACUGCCUCCAUCCCUGCAACCAAUGUAACUACAGUGUCAAACACAACAACUUCCACAAGUGAAACAACUCCAUCGUACUCUAAUACAACGACGUCAACAACAACUUUCACGACUACUACUGUGACAACGACAACAUUUCCAAAGAUGUAUACAGGUAUGGCUGUUUCUGAAUUUUUGCUGGCAAUUUCCAAACACAAAAACCACCAAAAUGCUGACAACAUAUCCCUAGUUGUGACUUCCUCUGAGAAUGGAAAGAUUAGUAUCUACAGCGCUUACACUCAGUCAUUCAUCAAUGCAACUAUAUUGAAGGGCAGAAACGUCAUACCAAUGGACCCAAGUCAGGCUGCAUCUAUACCCUGGAACGAACAAAAGGGGAUUCAUAUCUUAUCUAAUGUUAACAUAUCUGUAAGUGUAAUGGAGAACAAAAAUGGAAGCGAUACAGCUUUUUCAGUUCUACCCGUUUCGGGUCUUUCCAUGAAAUACGUUGCUGCCACCGCCAAGGGAACGAAAGAUAAUCCCUCUUUCGUUACCGUGGUAGCGUUGCAGAAAGAUACCAGGGUUCGUUUUGAUCUUCAUAUUGCAGACAAAAGCAAGUACGCUUACAUUACGCCAUGGAGAAACUACCGAUAUGAAAAUGGUGAAAGCUUUGACGUUCUUCUGAAUCAGUUCGAAACCUUUCAUCUAGAGGUCAAUGGUACGGAUUUAAGUGGAACAUUCAUUGAGGGUACAAGACCGAUUGCUGUUCUUACUGGAGCAGAAUCUACCAUAAUACCAUCUUCGUCCUGCACGCAAAUCUGCAAGACUCAAACCGUCACACAGAUGAUACCACCUAUUGAGGGACUCGGUACCGACUUCAUUCUUCCGAAGCUGGAGGAUAGGAGUAAGUUUAUCUAUAAAGUAAUCAGCUCAGAAGGCGGAACCCACGUCACUACAAACACUGGAACCAUGGAUCUGACGUCACCCGGAUUUGUGGUAGAGGUUGAAGCUACGAACCAUCCAAUUAGUAUAUCUAGCGACAAGCCAAUCCUCGUUGUCCAAAUGGCAGAAACAAUGAAAGCUGACGAUGGAAACGCCAGUGGUGCUAUGAUAGUUAUUCCGGCCGUUCAGCAAUUCCAAAGCGAUUACCACUUCAGUAUUCUUGACGACAGCGAAUAUAGAAAUUACAUCUCCAUUAUGAUAAAAACUGGAGACGAAGAAGACCUUCGUAUUGAUGGGAAUCAUUAUAGUGCAUAUAACAAUACCAUGGACCAUAUACACUUAAAAGGACAGUCGUACACGAUUAUAAACAUGCCUUUUAAUCAGUGCGGUGGUCAUGUUGUGGAAAACAUUCAGGGAAACCCAUUCGGAUUGACAGUUUACGGUUUCAAACAGUUCCAAGGAUUUGGGUUUCCUGUUGGUCUAAAAGUGUGCUUUGUUGAAAGAGUGGAGUCAAACUAUGGCGUUAGAUACAAUACAGGAUGCUUACAGAGACCCGUGUGUGAGGAACAGAAUAAAACCCUACACAUACACAGUAACAGUGAUGGUAACCUGGCUCCCCCCACCUGUACGGAGUGCUGCCACACCGACCUGUGUAAUGCCCAGGGGUGCGGCCAACCAGGUUAUCCUCGAUUUCAAGAAAGAGGGCCAGUUUGCUUGGCAUGUUCACAGCUCUUCGACAAUCAAGAGUGUCGGGAAAUAGCCCACUGCAGGAACUCAGAACUUUGCUUUAUUAAAGAAGAGUCUGAAUUUGGCGACAAAGUAUAUUCAUCUGGAUGUAUGCCUUUUCAGCAAUGCAUUAGCAUAGUUUCAAAUACUCACGCCGUGAUGGACCUAUCUAAUAUGCAUCAUUAUACGUACUCAACUACAACAAACCUAAUGACGUCAGCAAGUUCAACAAAACUGCUGACAUCAGCUCACACUAAUCUGCCAACAUCAGCAAGUCCAACCAAAUCCCAAACUCCGACUCCAGGUCACACAACAAACAUACCAACCUCUGUACAUUCUACAGCACUGCCGACGUCAGUAUCAACCUUGUCCACAACAGCAGCUCUGAUGGGUAUACCGGUGGUGGGCAGACGACAGGAGAGACAGAAGCGGACUGGGAUUAAUGUGCUUACAAUUUGUAAAGUACAGAAUUCAAGCAGCACAACAUUAACCUCAGGAGAUGGACUGAUUCAGACAUACGCAUGCACGGAUUGUUGUCAGAGUGACUUGUGUAACUCGGAAGGUUGUGGGGAACCAGGCAUUCCUUCCACCCGCGGACCGAUGUGCUUUGGAUGCUCUCAGAUUCGCAAUGCAACAGAUUGUCGUACAAUCACGUACUGUAGGCAGACUGAGGUUUGUCACAUAACUGAAGAGGUUGAGUUCGGAGAUAAGGUGUACUCUACCGGGUGUGUUCAUUCACAAUUAUGUUCGAGUGUUGCCUCCAGACAGAAUGCAAUAUCUGAUCUGUCCUCGUGGCACACUUUCACGAGAACAAGCACCGUCGCUUCAACAUCAAUGUCGACGACGACAUCACAAGCUCAAACAACAACAUUCCCAACGUCAUCCAGAAAAACCCACACACAUGCCACACACACCAAACACACAACGAAACAGGCUGUCACACCACCGAUGGGAGUUGUAGUUGUCGGAAGAAGACUGGCGCUCCACAAACGAUACGUAGAUUGCAGUCAAUGCUGUCAUGGUGAUCUGUGCAACUACGAGUGUCACAGAUUGGAUAAAGCAACUACUCCAUCGUCUUCGAAGUCAACCGCCUAUCUUCCUACAAUACACCCAACACAAAUCUUUCACCCGUCUAGCUCGAUACAAAACACAUGGCAACAAUCUUCUCCUACAACACAAGCAACAAUGCAACAGUCUUCCAGUACAACACAAGACUCAACAGGACAAGAGUUCCUUUUGGCCUUUUCAAAGCAUGAAAACGGAAAUGACGCCGACAACAUUUCCUUGUUGGUUACUUCCCCUGAAAAUGGUCAUAUAAGUAUUUACAUUCCUGAAAACAACGCCUACAUAAACAAAACCUUAACUAAGGGAGAAAAUAUCAUAGGGCUAGAUCCUCACCUAACCGUUGACAAUCUACAGAAAGAAAACAAGUCGGUACAUGUUCUGACCGACGUCAAUGUCACGUUACACGUACAAGAGUAUCGGAACGUGUUCGACACGGGAUUUUUGGCCUUACCAACGCACUGCCUGUCUACUAAAUAUAUAGUGUCCACCGAGCCUGCAUUUGACGGAGCCAAUCCAGCCUAUGUUACCGUGGCUGCUCUGAAAGACAACACUGAUCUUUCAUUCAAACUCAAACUAAGUGGGAAUGAUACCAUAGAGUUUAAAGGCAGACAGUAUGGAGACGGAGAAUUUUUAAACAUCUCUCUGGGUCGUUAUGAAACUUUUCAGAUUGCAGGCUUAACGGAUUUCACGGGUACCAUAGUUCAGAGUUCGAACCCAGUUUCUGUUCUGUCGGGCAAUACAGCUACUGUUGUUCCAAAACCCGUUGACCCGUCCAAUAUAUUUGAUGCACAGACCCUUUCCCAAAUGAUACCUUCUGUACCUUCUCUUGGCAAACAGUUCAUCGUUCCCAAACUUCAAGACAGACAUAGUUUUUAUUACAAAAUAAUCGCUUCCAGUCCAAACACUCAUGUUACCGUUGGAAACAGAGACAUCACUCUUCAAAACGAGGGAUCCUUCCAAAAGUUAGAAUCAUUCAAUGGACGCUCAGUCAAUAUUUCGAGUGACAAGCCAGUUUUAGUGGUCCAAGUAGCAAAAACAAUGCAAUCUCACUACGACACGGCCAGUGGAGCCAUGAUUGUGACCCCGUCUGUUGAACAAUAUAGAUCUGACUAUGACGUCAUAAUCCCCGACCCUCCAAAACGGAACCUCCAAACAAAAUACCGGACUUACCUUACAAUUAUAACAAAUUCGAGUGAAGUUGAUAAUAUCAAUAUUGAUGGGAAAAAGUAUGACGCAUUUAACUCCAAUUUGCAAACUGUGCAUUUGAAUGGAAAGUCUUAUUCUGUUAUAAGCUUAGAGAUGGAUGAUCCUGGAUUACAUAAGGUGAAUAGUUCAUCGGGAAGUAAGUUUGGGCUGAUUACGUAUGGAUUUGAUUAUGCUCAAGGUUAUGGAUACCCCGUAGGAUUAAAGUGUUGAUAUUCAGUGACUCCAUUUGAAUGACACAUGAAUGAAGUCGUGCACUAUUGUUUGAAUCCUAACUCCAAAACAGAUACGCAUCAAAAACCAUUUCUUAACAAUUACAUGCAAGAAAUAAAAAUAUAGAACUCA